UUUCUUGUUUUUUUUUUGAAUCUUGAUGUGAUACGAUUACGACAACGAUCAUGCGUUUCACUGUGUAUGUAAUUCGUUUGAUGACCUUUGGACGUCCUGCCUGGCCAGACAAGCCUGGACGAAGAAUAGACUAUCGAUGUCGAACACUCUUUCUGCAUUGGCAUCAAGUUCCGAAGAAGUGCAGGAGUUGCCUGCUCUGAAUUUCUUGGGUCCGCCCGGAACAUAUUCCCAUCAAGCGGCGUUUGACGUUUUUGGUGAUUCUGUCCGUUAUGUCGCAAAGCAGACGAUCACUAGCGUCUUCGAGUCUUUAUCGCCUGAGUUGCCCUUUGGUAUCAUACCCCAAGAAAAUAGUACCAAUGGGUCGGUGAUCGAAACCUACAACCUACUCCGAUGCGAAUCCGCCGGUCGAGAUAGUUUUGUGAGAGGGGAUACAAACCUAUCGAUCAAACACUCCCUGGUAGUUCGGGAAAAUGUCAAAAUCGAGGACAUCGAACAUGUUUUCAGCCACGAACAAGCUUUAGGCCAAUGUAAGGCGUUUUUGCAAGGACGCCUUCCAAGAGCGUCGCUUGUGCCGACAGACUCGACUGCGAGCGCUGCUCGUGCAUUGCUCAACGCACCGUCCGAGAGCUUUGACCCCUUCAAGAGUGCAGCGAUCUGUUCAACGGUCGUGACUUCGCUGUUUCCUGGCCUGGAAGUGUUGCACACUGGCAUCCAAGAUGGAGAAUCCAACAUGACGCGCUUUUAUAUCGUAUCCUAUGGCGCGGACGCUCGGGUCCCAUGGCAAACGCCACCCAUCGACCAGAAGCGUGCUCUAAUCCGUCUCUUGCCUGACAGAGACUCUUUGGCAUGGGAUUUUUCACGGGCGAUCAAGGCACUCAACAUACCCAUCUCCCGCAUAGACCGACGACCAUCCCUAUCUUCAGCCACCUUCCAUGAUGUAUACUUUCUUGAAGUGUUUGCCGAAGGGGGAGAAGAAGGUGAUGUUACCUGGUUCGAUCGUGUGAACCAGGCCGUCGAAAAAUUAAGGCAAGAAGGUCUGGAAUUCACAGUUCUGGGCAUAUGGUAAUAUAGAUAUUCGUGUAGGUCAGAAUUACAAGUAUAUUCGUUUCAUGCAAGGUCUACUUGCGCAAUAUCGUGUCAUAAUAAAAUUUCGAAUUCCAUCCGUUAAGCACGCGAAGCCGAGAAACAGGAGAGCCUGAAGUUCACAAUCUAGACCUCCCACUGAUGCACAUAGUUCAGGAGGCGGUACCCUUGAUUAAUUCAUCGGCUCUUUCCGAGCGAGGUAUAAAGCGACAUUUGAAGGGCUUGGGUCGGCUUAU